UCCACUAUACCUUAUCAAAUGAUUGUUUGACUUAAGGUUAAAUUUCAUUUUACCUAUCCUGGGCAAUACGAAAUCUUCAAAGCAAAUUAAUAUAUUGUAUGAUAUAUAAAUUUGUCUAAAUUAUGUUUUAGUCUAUAAGUAAGGGGGGUGGCUCUGCUUCAUACAUAUGUCAUAAAGCACCAUUGGUUCGAAAAGGUCUGAGUAAGGCAAGAAGCUAUUCUUUUAUUUUCUAAGAGUAACUGGCUCAACUAAGCAAAUUUGUCAAUUCAGUGCGCUACCAUAAAUUAGGACAAUGUUAGAAACAUUCAGUGCUUUAGUGGUAUGGAAAUCCAUACAUCGGAUUGAAAGUUGUUUACGAAAACCACUAUUUCAUGGGAUGUGGAAUGCACAGUGGCUUCAACAAUUUCGAGAGUGGCCAGCAGGAUAUGGAAUUAUCCCAGUGGUUGCAGGACUGCAUUUGUGCUACGGCUUGCCAGUUUGCAUGCAAGCCAGACUCGUGGCAAGAACUAGAAAAUCCGUGAAUAGACCAAACGAUAACAAUUACUUCAACGGCCAAUGGCUGAGAACGGCCUCUAUACGGGAGCAAAUGAUGGAUAACCGCCACAAACACGGACAAUUUCUAAUAUGGUACCAACUCGCCCUUAAGAGCAAAGCUCCACUCCAGGAGGAACAUGUCAAGAGAGCAGUCAUCCACCUCUACAGAAGAGUACCAAAUCUCGGAGUGGCACUUGCUCCUCGCAAAGGAACUUUGUGGUUAAAGAGAGCCACCAAUCCUAAUGUUGACUUCAAGGUUCUUCAAGGUCAGACAGUGGAAGAAGUAAGGGGCAUCCUCUGCGCUUUUCGCUUCAACACAGAAACAGGCCCUUUGUUCUGUGCCCGUCUUCUGAAGGAUUCCCCAGACAAAAUUGCAGACAUAGAUCCUGAAGACCUGGAUCCUGACCUGAAACACAGCUACUUCAUGUUCUUUGGUUUUCACCACGGUGUUGUGGAUGGUACAACAAACAUGUACAUCAUGGGUUUCUUCAUUUCUAUGUUGAACGAUAUCAUUUCUAAUAGGCCUAUAAAUGAUGAUGAACCACUGGGUGAAUAUUUCCCAGAAGAUGCAACAGUCAAAUUAAUUUUGAGAAAGAAAGAAAUGAUUGAAUCUGAUUCUUGUCUGCGAGACAGACUCAUUCAGGAAAAUGAAGUACAAAAGAAUCAAAAGGCAAACAUAACACAAAUUUCUGACAAGACAUCAACAGAAAAGAGAACUGUGACUUUAGCGAGAGUACUUAGUCAGAAUGUAACUUUGAAGUUUAUACAAAAAUGCCGACAAGAGAAAGUCACUGUGAACUCUGCCUUCUCAGCUCUUGUUGCUGUGGCACUGACAGACACCUUAGUUGAAUAUGGCUUGGUGAAAGAUUCCUACUCUGUUCAGAAUUUCCAUUUGGUUAACUUGAGAAGAUACUGGGAAAAUAAACCGCCCAUUUCCCUGGGGUGCCAUUUUGGAGGGCCUUUGAAAAUAUACACAGAAACACCUAGAAACCUUGGUGAUAAGUUCUGGGACUACGUUCGUUCUCUGCAUCAACUAAUCAAGGAUGGCAUUGAGAGUGAGAAAGUCCUUACAGAUAAAGCACUUCACCUACUGACAAUGGAAGGGUCGCCAUACACAGGCAAGUUUCUUGUUUCUAACAAGGAAUAUGAGGGGGACUUUGUAACCUCAAAUUUAGGAAUGUAAC